AUGGCGGUGAGUUUGACUCUCAUGAUCAAGAGAGUCUCUCAGCUUCCUCUUCCCGCCAAAUUCCCACCUUCCUCUCCUCCUCCAUUUCUACUUCAUUCUCCUCUGUCCAAUCCCUAUUCCUCUUCUCCUCUCAUCUUCAACUCCGGCGACCACACCCUCCAUUUCACCUCCGGCUCCGACUCCCUCCUCGCCUCUCUCAUCGACACCUCCGCCCACAAAACCCACCUCCACCAAAUCCACGCCCACUUGCUCGUCCUCGGCUUCCCCCCCUCCGCCUUUCUCACCACCAAGCUCGUCAACGCCGCCUCCAAUCUCGGCCACAUCUCCUACGCCCGCCACCUGUUCGAUGAAUUCCCCGACCCAACUGUCUUCCUCUACAACGCAAUCAUUCGGGGCUACUCGAAGCACAACGAGUUCUUUGAGGCCGUCGAAAUGUAUUGCCUGAUGCAAGAGAGGGGUGUGCGUCCGGACGGCUUUACUUUCCCGCAUGUGUUUAAGGCCUGUGGGGGAGUCAAGGGGCUGGAGUUGGGCUGCCGGGUUCAUGGACAGGUGUUUCGGCGUGGGUUUCAGUCGGAUGCAUUUGUGCAGAACAGCCUCGUGGCGUUUUACGCCAAAUGUGGGAGGGUGGAGCGAGCUAGGAUUGUGUUUGAUGGGUUGGGGGAGAGGUCUGCGGUGUCGUGGAGCUCGAUCAUUUCAGGGUAUGCGCAGAAUGGGGAUGCUUUGGAGGCUCUGAGGAUGUUUGGUUUGAUGAGGAAGACGGAUGUCAAGCCGGAUUGGGUUGUUUUGGUUAGUGUUUUGAAAGGGUAUAGUGAUGUGGAGGACUUGGGGCAGGGGAGGGGUGUUCAUGGUUGUUUGGUUAAGUUGGGACUUGAAUUUGAACCUGACUUGGUGGUUUCGCUUAUGGCCUUGUAUGCGAAAUGUGGGCAGGUGGUGGUUGCUAGGUUAUUGUUUGAUGGGAUGGGAAGACCAAAUGUGAUGAUGUGGAAUGCUAUGAUUUCUGGUUAUGUGAAGAAUGGUCAUGCUGAGAAAGCUGUGGAGCUAUUCCGUGAGAUGAUAGGAAAAGGCGUUAGGAUUGAUUCAAUUACUCUGAGGUCUGCUAUUGUAGCGUGCGCCCAGGUCGGCUCUCUUGAAUUGGCAAAAUGGAUGGAUGAUUAUAUCAGCAGAAGUGAGUAUGGAAAUCAUGUUUUUGUUAACACAGCCCUAAUUGAUAUGUAUGCAAAAUGUGGUAGCGUAGAGUUUGCUCGCGUGGUCUUUGAUAGAACACCUGAUAAAGAUGUUGUUGUCUGGAGUGCAAUGAUUGUGGGCUAUGGAUUGCACGGUCGAGGACGAGAAGCUAUUGAUGUUUACCAUUCUAUGCAGCAGGCUGGGGUGGUACCAAACGAUGUUACCUUUCUUGGACUCCUUACUGCAUGCAACCAUUCAGGUCUUGUACAUGAGGGAUGGGAGCUUUUCCAUCGCAUGAGAGUCUAUGGGAUUGAGCCUGGAACCCAUCAUUAUAGUUGUGUGGUUGAUCUUCUGGGACGUGCAGGCCAGUUGGAACAAGCUUAUGAUUUUAUAAAGAAGAUGCCGGUUGAACCUGGUACAAGUGUAUGGGGAGCACUUCUAAGUUCAUGCAGUAUUCAUCGCAAUGUGACUUUGGGAGAACUUGCUGCCGAAAAGCUUUUCUCAGUAGAUCCAUAUGAGAUAGGACAUUAUGUACAACUGUCAAAUCUCUUUGCUUCAGCCCGAAUAUGGGAUCGCGUUGCACAGGUGCGAGUUCUGAUGAGGGAGAAAGAACUGGUUAAGGGCAUUGGACAUAGUUUGAUUGAGAUCAAUGGAAAACUACAGGCAUUUCAUGUAGGAGACAAGUCGCAUCCAAGGUCUGAGGAAAUCUAUGUAGAGCUCGAGAGUCUAGAGAAUAGGUUAAAGGAGGCUGGAUUUGUUCCUCAUACGGUCGUACUGCAUGAUUUAAAUUAUGAAGAGACAGAGGAGACACUUUGCAAUCAUAGUGAAAGGCUGGCAAUUGCUUAUGGCCUCAUCAGUACGGCUCCUGGAACUACACUAAGGAUAAGUAAAAACCUGCGUGCAUGUGUGAAUUGUCAUGCAGCAACUAAGCUGAUAUCUAAGCUUGUCAACAGGGAGAUAGUUGUCAGGGAUGCAAAACGUUUCCAUCAUUUCAAGGAUGGAUUGUGUUCCUGUGGAGACUAUUGGUGAAAGUGAAAGGCCAGCACUAAGUUUUCUUUCCUGUAUCCUUCUUCAGCUUCAUUGUUUUAUUUAAGCUCCACUAAGACUGUAGACAGCCUGUAUUAUCGUGCUUGUGUAACCAAAAGAAAAAUCUCAUU